UCUUUCCUCUUUCUCUCUCUCUUUCUCUUCCGGUCUGUGGAGUACCUGUUAGCGCAGGCUUCGGUGUAAAGAUGGCUAAGUCUAAGAACCACACCACCCACAACCAAUCACGAAAAUGGCACAGAAAUGGCAUCAAGAAACCUAGGUCACAGAGAUACGAGUCUCUGAAAGGGGUUGAUCCCAAGUUUCUGAGAAACAUGCGCUUUGCCAAGAAACACAACAAGAAGGGACUGAAGAAGAUGCAGGCCAACAACGCCAAAGCCAUCAAGGCCCGGGCAGAGGCCAUUAAGGCUCUGAGCACCAAGGCCUCCAAGGCCAAGCUCCUCAGGCCCAAGAUCUCCAAGGCCAGUGCCCGGCGUGCUGGCCACAAGAUGGCCACCAAGCGUCCAGGCCCAAGGGUUGGCAUCAAACGUCCAGGCUCCAAAAUCACAAAGCCUGACUCCAAGGUUGCCAGAACCACUGACCCCAAGAAUGCCAAGCCCACUGACCCCAAGGCUGCCAAGCCCACUGAUCCCAAGGCCGCCAAGUCCACUGCCCCCAAGGUCACCAAGUCUGACUCCAAGAUCAAGUCUGACCCCAAGGCCACCAAAUCUGGCUCCAAGGCUACUAAAUCUGAUACCAAGGUCACUAAGGCUACCAAGUCUGACACCAAGGUCACCAAGUCCGAUCCCAAAGCAGCCAAGGCCACCAAAUCUGAUUCUAAGGUUACAAAGCCCAGCGAUGCCAAGGCUGCUAAGCCUGCUGAGUCCACUGACUCUAAGGGCGCCAAACCAAAAGAUGCUGGGGCUAAAGCUUCUAGUCCCAAGCCUUCAAAGUAGAUGCUUCAGGACAGAAGGACUUGUUUAAACCCUAAACCACCACUUUUUCUCAGCCAGGGUAUGAUUAUUCACUAUUUUGUACAAAUAAAGGAAAUGGUGAGUCAAAAGAA